GCAGGAGUUCAAAAACAGAGUUCAAAGGAGAGACGACAGAAAGAAAGGAGAGAAGCAUGGAGGGUGACGCCGCUGCUGCUGUUGAAACGCAGAGAAACCCAGGACGACCAGCCCAUGAAGAAGAAGAAGAAGAGAAGCCGAAGGUGGUGGUCAUUAUGGGAUCCACAGGUUCCGGAAAGUCCAGGCUCGCCAUUGAUUUGGCAUCCCACUUUCCCGUCGAAGUAAUCAACGCCGAUUCAAUGCAGGUUUACAAUGGUUUGGACGUUCUCACCAACAAGGUUCCUCUCCAUGAUCAAAAGGGAGUGCCUCAUCAUCUUCUGGGGACUGUAAGCCCAAACGUGGAGUUUACUGCUAAAGACUUCAGGGACUCUGCCAUUCCGCUGAUCAAUGACAUCUUGUCUCGCAACUGCCUUCCAGUCAUAGUUGGGGGUACAAAUUACUAUAUUCAGGCUCUUGUUAGUCCAUUCCUUCUUGACGACACAGUAGAAGAUAUGGAAGAAAGCUUUUUAGGUGACCAUCCAGGAGUGGGACAACAACAGACUGAGCUGGCAUUUGAAGUAGACAAUUCCAGUUAUAGUUAUGAUGAUCUUAAAGUCAUUGAUCCAAUUGCAGCAAACCGAAUCCAUCCAAAUAAUCACAGAAAAAUUAAUCAGUACCUUAGUAUGUAUGCUCACCAUGGUGUUCUCCCUAGCAGAAUUCUUCAGGGAAAGGCAGCCAAAAACUGGGGUCAAGUUGAUAACUUCAGAUACAAUUGCUGUUUUAUAUGUGUGGAUGCUUCUCUUCCUGUGCUGGACCAAUUUGUGGAUCAAAGAGUAGAUUCCAUGAUAGAUGCUGGACUCCUUGAUGAAGUCUACGAAAUUUUUACUCGGAAUGCAGAUUAUACUCGAGGUUUCCGGCAGGCCAUUGGGGUUAGGGAGUUCGAAAGUUUUUUGAGUCUGUACAUAACUGAAGCCAGUGACAAAGGAAAUCAUUUGAUAGAUGGGUCAAUGUCCUUAAAGUCAGUAGACCUGGCUGAUAAGAUAUUGAAAGGGAACACGAGGCUCAUCCAGAAUUCCUUGAUUGACAGUCAACCCAACCCUGUGUUAAAAGAAGCUAUUGAGAAAGUAAAACUGAACACCAGAAGACUAGUUCGUCGUCAGAAACGAAGGAUAAAUCGACUGGAUACGUUGUUCGGAUGGAACAUACAUUCCCUUGAUGCAACUGAGUCCAUUUUAUGCAAAUCGGAUGAUACAUGGGCUGCAGAGGUUGUUGGACCAGCUGUUGACUUGAUCAGAUCUUUCCUCAAUCAGGAAGCAACAUUGGUGCCGAAUUUGGAUACCCCAAAUAGCACUGAAAUGAAUAUGAUACAGAGGGACUUAUGGACUCAGUAUACAUGCAAGGCCUGCGGUGACAGGAUCCUUAGAGGAGCUCACGAGUGGGAACAACACAAGCAGGGUCGUGGACAUCGGAAACGAGUUUCUCGGUUACAAAAGUCUCGAAAAUAUUUGUCCGUCGAGCAGCAGAGUAAUUAGAGAUCAUCAAUUUUCCUUCUCGUAUAACACAAUUUUCCUCAUAAAUGAAAAGUUAGUGCACAUUUUAGCUGUGAUGUUGAUGAUCUGUAUACGUGCCACUUUAUGCCAGUGCAACAUUGGAAACUAUUGAUGCAGUGGAACUGAAAUCAUCUUCGAUA